AUGGUGGAGGAGGUCUUCUCGUUAGAACGCGGCGUUGCUCGAUCUGCACGCGCAUGCAUAAAUCGACAAAUCGCGGACCGUUACCAGCUGCGGGUGGAGCCACGAGUUUCCGUUCGGCAUUGCUACCGGGAGGCUACCGAACGGCCGCGGUUGGAAAUCCUGGAAAUUUGCUUUCUGCUGCUCGUUUUGGGGCUGAUAUUGGUCAAAAUACCGGCCACCAGGUACGAUAUGCGGCUGAACAGCCAUAGAGGCUAUCCACCCGGUUUCUACCAUCAACCUCCUGCGGGGUCCAAGCUCGGUCAGCAGCUUCUGGUGACCUUUUCCUUUCCCCGGAACAUCCAGCAGCUGAAGGAUCCCGUCAGUAGUCGAAGUCGCAGGGAUUUGCAGUUUCUGGAAGCUUUUAGAGUUAUCCAGAUGAUUCGGGUUGUUAUUGUUCACGUAGUACUGGCCCUAGCGAAAGUACCUCAGGCUAAUACGGCGUUUGUGGAGUCUAUGCAGUACCACCCCUUGAUGGUAAUCUACAUAGCUGAGUUCCAGAACUAUAUCCAAACGUUUUUAUCGAUAUCCGGAAUGCUAUUGGUGGUCAAUUUUGCGGAGCAGCCACAGAAAACGGCUCGGUGGAAAACAUUUUUAAAGCUGUUGAUGGUCAGAUUAGCCCGUUUGGUACCGGUCUAUUGGUUUGUGAUGCUUCUGGAGACAUCUGUGGUUCGCAGGUUUAUGGUAGGACCCAUAGGACAUCAGUUCGUGGGAGAAGGAUUUCAAAAUUGUCGUCGAUGGUGGUGGGCCAAUUUGCUGUUUAUCAACAACUUCACCAGUAAAAAGGAUACGUGUCUCCUUCCGACGUGGUAUUUAGCCACAGAAAUCCAACUCUUCGUUAUCGGACUGGCAGCAGUGAUGCUAAUUUGGAAGUUUCCUCGGCUGAGAGUACUAUUCUUCGCAAUAAUGUUCACCUAUGCCGGUUUGUUUCCAACUCUAGCUAGCUAUUUGAGUCGUCUGCCUCCAGCGAUGACUACCGAUCUCAAAACGAGUGCCAACUUACUGAGAGCUCAUCCGUACCAGAUGGCGCUCUACUUUCCCUUCCAUCAGAACAUCGGAGCAUAUACAUUCGGAAUGUUUGCUGGAUUUAUCUAUCUUCGCUAUCGAGACUCUAAGAGAAGUCUGCUUCACUCGAAUAGCUUCAAGUAUCUCUUCAAAUUGGCAACUCUGCUGUACCUAGUUUGCAUUUUGUCCGUCUAUUGGAUGGUCAUUUAUAGAACAAAACUCCACCGACUAGUUUUGGCUAUUUAUUCAACAGUAUUUAAGCAGUCGUGGGCCAUCGAAACAACGUUCCUACAGCUAUUUUUAGCUCUUAGCUCCUCGAAUUACUGGUGGAAACGAGCGUUGAGCCACCCUAUUUUCGGAGUCGGGGGAAAACUGUGCUACUGCAUAUUUCUCAUCCAUUUCAUCGUGAUCGAGAUGGUUUUCGGGCAGGCACCGGAACCGGUUGUUACAUCGAUAAGAUCUGGUAUAAGUUUCGGAACUCAAGUCUUCAUGUGGAGCCUCUCUUUGGGGGCACUUCUCGCGAUAUACGUAGAACAACCGGCCGCAAAUCUUCUGAAGCUCGCUCUAGGCACUCGAAAACAAGAUUCAGAAACAUCGCCAGCCCUCGAAAACAACAAAUCACUACUUAAACGGCCGGAUGACGAUGAGGAUGAUGAUGAUGAUGGUCCUGGUCCAACUGAACGAUCCAACCACCUGUCUGGCUUUACACCGGAACCGGAAACGUUGCCCAGUUCCCAAGCGCUCGCCAUUGUUCCUACUAGAGUGUAUAAGCGGAAGAAGUGCCCAGAUCCAUCGAUUGUUACCCCUCUUACUUCUGUCCACCUGCCUGAUAUGGCGACGUCGACUUCGACGGCGUCGUCGCUGACGAUUGUUCAAAUAUUGAUUUUGCUACUAGGUAGAGAAAUACCCACUACUUCGAGUGUAGAUGCUAAUGAGCGAUAA